AUGGGAACUCACUGGACAUUGACCGGGAAGGAAGUCCCCAUCAUCGGAAGUGACUCCGUUCGUUGGACUGACCUCUCCGUUCCUUCUUCCUUCAACACUACCGUCGACGGCGGUGCCGCCAUCACCGACGACUGCGCUUCCUGCUCUGUCAUCGGAGAUCCUCCGACAUAUCUAAUUUGGAGAAUUCACAAGGCACUGCCUCAGACUCUGGAACUACUCGAGCUCACUGCUUCCAAAGAGUUUCCUCGUGUAGGACUCAGAUUCACUUUUCCCAGCGCAUUGUACCCCUUUGCGUUUAUCUGCAAAAACGAGAUUACUGGAAGUUCUAGAUUCCCUUACUUGCUUUACGUGUUGACUGUAACUGGGGUGGCUUAUCUUUUAAGAAUUCGAAAUGUUUCUGCAUAUGCGUCAUGUUCUAUUUUACCUGUGGAUGAGCUGAUAGAGCUUAAUGUGCGUGGUUACGUUCCAAAUAAUGCUGCAAUAACCGCUGUAACAGCAACUGCUCGGUGUCUUGUUAUUGGCACCGCUGAUGGUUCGGUUUUCUGUUUCCAACUUGGAGGACUUGACUCAAGUGUUCCUGGCUUUGUGCACGAGCUGAGAGAUGAAGCUGGAAUUGGCCGUUUGUGGGGUUUAAUAUCAAGGGGUAAAAUGGUGGGUACUGUACAAGACUUGGUAAUUUCCGAGUUGUACGGGAAAAAGUUUGUCUUUGCACUUCAUUUGGACGGGACAUUACGAAUUUGGGAUCUAGCAUCUUUUAGCAGGGUCUUUAGUCAUAACAUGGGUAUAAUGACAAUGACAGGUGCUAACUUUUUAAGGUUAUGGGUGGGUCAAUCUGACCCCAAUUCAAACAUAAUUCCUUUAGCAAUUUUGUACAGACAUACAUCGGAUGAAAACUUGGAGACUAUCUCUUUACACAGCAUCCUAUAUGAUUUUAAGGACAGAAUUGUUUUCUCUUUGGAGCCUUCAGUACAAAAUAUUCCCUUGGAGGAGGGACGAUGCCUUGAUGUUAAAUUAGUGUCAGAUAAGAUAUGGAUACUGAAGGAUAAUGAAUUAGUAUCACACUUGUUGGCUAUAAAUGUUGAUGAGGUAGAAGCAUUUUCUUAUGCUUUACAGGAAGAAUUUGUUGCUGAUCAGUUAUUUCAAAGUUCAGAACAUCUCGCAGACGAAAUUUUGCGGAUAACCCAUUCAAUAUUUAAAUCCUCAAAGGAUGAUAUUUUGCCUUUUGUAUCUAAUAUUUUUUUGAGACGGCUGCUGCUCCCGGGGGUUUAUCAUAAUGCUGCUUUGCUUGCAACUCUGGCUGAGUAUAACAGGCAUUUGGGUGAAUCCGAGUUACAGACAUUAACUGUAGAUGGACUAAAAAAGGAGAUACUUUCACUUAUUGAACAUGAGGUUGGAUCUGAUAAAGUGUCUAUAGUGCAUUGCUGGAAAUGUUUUUUUGCCCGAUAUUUCCAUAAUUGGUGCAAGAACAAUGCAUUAUAUGGCUUGCUUGUUGAUUCCUCUACUGUUGCUGUUGGUUUAAUCAGAAAAAAAUCAGUUUCACUUUUUCGGUCUCUGGAAGAUAUUGAGCGGAUUGUAGAGGGCUCUUCAGAGGAAGUUAGUGAGCUCACAGGCAUUGUGGAUUUAUUUGAUGAUGAUAUUGAGUGUGAAGUUCUGAUCGAAUUGCUUAAGUGUGUCACGAGUUUCAGCCAACAGUUGGGCAAAACUGCUUCUUCGAUAUUUUAUGAAUCACUUUUAACUGCACCAAUGAUAUCUUCUGAAGAUAUUAUUCGCUGUAUAGUGAAGGUUCUUGAAACUGGCUAUUCUAUAUCAGGUGCAGUGCUCCGAAGAUCUACAUCUGGGGAUCAUACAAUAUUCCUGCAAAAGGAACUAACAGAUCAUAGAAGUUUGAGAAAACUCUCUGUUGACAUGUUUUUAUCUCUUCAAGGCCUGUACAAAAAAGCUUCUACAUGGGACAAGAUUUUAAAUGUAAUUGAGGGUUUACUAAAAUUUCUGGUUCCGCAGAAAGAAAUGCUUAAGUUUGAUACUGAAAUGUCAUCAAACAUAAAUUCCUCGAUCAUGGUACAUUCUUCAUAUCAGAUUGCAAAAGUGAUGUUUGAAUCUGCCUGGGACUUUCUCCUGUUUUUAAGCUAUUUGGUGGACAUCAGCGGUCAGGUCCACUUGUCACCUGAUGAUAUAACCAAAAUACAACUUGAGUUGGUUCCAAUGCUUCAAGAAAUUAUUUUUGAGUGGUUGGUCAUCAUCUUUUUUGCAAUCACACCGGUUGCACCAGCUGUUACAGAGGAUUUCCAUUCAAAACUUUCAUCAUUGCAAAUAGAUAACAACACGGGGAAACAAAUAUGGAAUGAGAAGUUUGCCAGAUGUGACUUAACACUAGCUUUUAUUUUCUUGCUAAAUGUUAGAGGUUCAUCUAUAGACCAUAGCCACUUUUCUUCAGAACACAUUUCAAAUAUGCCAAGCUCUAUAAAUAAGAUGAGGGACUUCAUCAGUUGGAUCAUUUGGGGUCAAGAUGGUGGAUCUUCUACAUUUUUGAGUCGUUCUAUUGAUCUUGCAUUUAUCCUUUUCAAGCAUGACCAGUAUUGUGCUGCUGAGCAAUUGCUUAUGAUGGCGGAAGCACAUUUGCUAAAGGAGAAAACAUCCCAAAGUGUUCAAGAUGCUGAUGGUGGAUGGUGCAUACGUCAUCAUCUUCUAGGAUGUUGCCUACUUGCACAGGUGCAGUAUGGAUUGCAUGCAGCACAGAAGGACAAAAAAAUUUCGGAUGCCAUUCGCUGUUUCUUUAGGUCUGCAUCUGGAAAUGGUGCAUCCGGGGCUCUUCAGAGUUUAUCUGUCGACGUAGGAAUUCCGCAUCUUGGUUUUAGUGGUUGUACAUCAAUUGCGGCGUGGAAGCUUCAAUACUAUCAAUGGGCAAUGCAGUUAUUUGAACGUUAUAACAUCAGUGAAGGUGCUUGCCAGUUUGCUCUUGCUGCACUUGAGCAAGUUGAUGAGGCUCUGCAUAUGAAAGAAGAAAAGUGCACGGACAACUCUGCUAACGAAUCAGUUACAACCAUCAAGGGACGGUUAUGGGCUAAUGUUUUCAUAUUUGCAUUAGAUCUUGGACGGUAUUAUGAUGCAUACUGUGCAAUAAUUUCAAAUCCAGAUGAGGAGAGCAAAUACAUCUGUUUGAGGCGUUUUAUAAUUGUUCUUUAUGAGCAAGGGGCUAUAAAGAUUCUUUGCAGCAACAAACUUCCCCUUAUUGGUUUAGUAGAAAAAGUAGAACAAGAGCUGGCUUGGAAGGCUGAACGAUCAGAUAUUUCUGCUAAGCCAAACUUGUAUAAGUUGCUCUAUGCAUUUCAAUUACAUCAGCAUAAUUGGCGACGGGCAGCAAACUACAUGUACAUGUAUUCUGCUCGCUUGAAAACUGAAGCAGCUUUGAAAGAUAACCAAGGAAGCUCCAUGAUGUUGCAAGAGAGGCUGAAUGCAGUUUCUGCUGCAGUCAAUGCAUUACAUCUUGUUCAUCCUGCAUAUGCAUGGAUUGAUUCGUUGACUGACCGGAAUUCUCUUACUAGUGAAUGUUAUCCAAGUAAGAAAGUUAAAAGAACACCAGAGGAAUAUUCCGAUAAUGAGGCUGAGACUCAAAAGGGGCAAUCUGCUAUUGAUAUUGAAAAACUUGAGAACGAGUUUGUGCUAACUUCUGCAGAGUAUAUGCUGUCACUAGUAAAUGUCAAGUGGACGUUUUCUGGAAAACCUGGUGCACUAUCAGAUUUGGCUGAUCUCCUUGUCCAAAACAAUUUAUAUGAUAUGGCCUUUACAAUCCUUCUCAGAUUUUUCAAGGGUUCCGGACUGAAGAGGGAAUUGGAAAGAGUUUUAUCUGAAAUGGCAAUAAAAUGCUGCCUUGAUAAAGUAGAAUCCACUUGGAUUGAGGAACAUGGUCAUUUGUUAACAUCAUCAAAGCUCGAGAUGGUUGUCCAUGGUUCACCGGUUACAGUUCCUACAGCUCCACAAAUUGACAGAAAUAGUCGUUGGGCAACUCUCAAGCUUUACAUUGAGAAGUAUAAGGACUUUCACGGUAGGUUGCCAGUUAUUGUUGCUGGAACUCUUCUUCGAGCAGAUCCUAAGAUCGAAUUGCCUCUUUGGCUUGUUCAAUUGUUCAAGGAGGGUCAAAAGGAAAGGAUGUGGGGGAUGACCGGCCGAGAAUCAAAUCCUGCAUCUUUGUUUCAGCUUUAUGUCAACUACGGUCGAUAUGCAGAAGCCACUUAUCUUUUACUCGAGUACAUAGAAUCAUUUGCUUCAAUGAGGCCGGCAGAUAUAGUUAAAAGGAAGAAACCAUUUGCUCUUUGGUUCCCGUACACAACUAUUGAGCAGCUACUGUACCAACUUGAAGAAUCAAUCAGAAUGGGUCACAUGGUAGAUCACUGUGACAAACUCAAAAAGAUGUUACAUGGUUCUUUGCUGAAUCAUCUGAAGAUAUUGAAGGUUGACUCAGAUGAUACAAUAUCUGCAACUUCUUGA